UUAGUCAAGGAUUUCGACCCAAGAGGGAAAGGAGAUUCGGAGAAGACGAAGAGGAAUCACGACUCACGAGUCUCUCCCUCUCUCGUCAUGAAACCCUCGUCUCUCUGACCGUCCCUUCUUUCCCUUUCCCUUUAGUUUUUUUUUUUCUAUCUGAAGAACGAGGAGGCGAAGGAGACGAAAGGAAAGCAGACGACUUUAGAGGAAGAGAGACAAAAGCUGUUCCUCUAACAACCAUGGAUUCAACUGCGGCAGCGGCGGCAUAUGAAGCACCGGUGAAUGAGAAGGAGUCCAUGGUCGACCCCUUCCUCGUCGAGGCUCUCAUGAACUCUCGUCAUCGUCUCACGAUUCUGCGAAUGGAACUUGACAUACAGAAGUUCUUGCAAAGUUCUGAUCAAGACCAAUUUGAGUUUCAACAUUUUCCUACUUCCUACCUUCGGCUUGCAGCGCAUCGUGUUGCCCAACACUACGGGUUGUUGACAAUGGUUCAUGAUAAUGCUUUAGAUGGUUCAGGAAACAGAAUUCUGGUGAGGAGGACAGCGGAAAGCAGAUAUCCUACUGUUUGUUUAUCUGAAGUCCCUGCUAAACUGUCAGAUGGUGAUAAACGUGAGAAUGUUAAAAUUGUCAUCAGACCUAGGCCUAACAAAGGGUUUGUGAAUGAAGGUAGUGAGAAUGGGAUAAAACGAAGUCCUCCAAGAAGUGUGGAAGAGAGGAAGGAAGAUUAUGAUAGGGCGAGAGCUCGCAUCUUUAGUGGUCCUAGUAGUCCGAAGACAGGUGAUUCUUCAUCCCAGUCCACUAUGGUUAUGAAAAGUACAUGUGUGAGCAGAGACGAGAACGAAGGUUUCAGGAAUUCUCUGGUUGAUCCAGAAAAAGUUGGUAGCGUCAGGGAUGGUGGUUCUUCAUCUCGAGUUGCCAUUUUGAGAGAUAGGGAGAAAGAGCGUACUGACCCAGAUUAUGACAGAAGCUAUGAAAGGUAUGUAAGGAGCCUUCCGACUAAUCAAGCCUUUAGCUUGGCGCCUUUCAAUGUCCAGGAGAUUCAACUUCCUUUUUUGCAGUAUGAUGCUGGUUAUCUGCAAUUGUAUCAGAUGCGAACUCAAGCUCCCCUUGGUUAUGGUCUUCCGGCAAGUCCAGCUAUGAACCCAUUCAGUGCAACAGGAUCGAAUCAGACAUCUGGGGAUCCUGCAUAUAUUCAGUGGCCAAGCGCUGCAAUGAUGUAUGCUCAUUCAUUUGAGCCGCUGAGACAAACUGUUUUCCAGGCUCCUUUCUGUCAGCAACCCCUGAGCUUUGACUACCCUCAAAACCAUUAGAUGUCAAGGGGGGUUUGUAUAAUUUGAUUUCAAUAUAUACUUUGGACUAAAUUGUUGCUACUUGGUAGGCGAAUCAUUUAAAGACCAGUUGUCACAAACCUCUGUACCAGUUCUAGUUUCUGCUUGCCAAUUUAAAUUUCUUUUUAAUUUUGUGGA